AUGUUCGGCAUUAAGAAGCUAGCUUACCAAUUCGGCAGAGCUGUCGGAUACACGGAUCCAACGGCACUUCCUCAACAAGUUCAAGCUCGCUGUCAAGAUUGUGAGGGAUACAGAGCGGCUUUGAUUGAAGCUUGCGAAGCGUUACUACAGAUCAUGCAAGGCAAUCCUGCCCAUACACCAGCAGUUAAUUCAACUCAGCAAUGCGAAUGCCCACCAGGCACAGCACCAAGUGAGAUGUUUGACAAGAGCUUGGACAAUAUGAAAGGCUUUUGGUACGAUGAGGAGGUGAGAACAUUAAUACAGAUUUUUUGG